AUCAUGCCUGAAUUCAAGGAACGCAAGCUCGUCACCGACCCGCAGAAGGCCUUCCACUUCACGGACCUUCAGAGGCUCAAGCCUACUCGCGCCAAUGAUCCCUACGAAUACAUGGCAGGUUGGGGAAACCGACACAUGUCAGAAGUCAUUCCAGGAACACUUCCGGUUGCACAGAACAAUCCCCAUGAAGUCCGAUUUGGUCUCUACACGGAAGGAAUCACAUAUUCCGCAUUUGCUGCUCCACGACACUCGAACUUCAGUACUUAUAUGUACCGUGCCCGGCCAGCUGCUGCACACAAUGGAUACAUCGCCGUUGAGUCGAAAUCCAAUAUCGAGAACUGCUUCCUAUCUAUAAACCCCAAGGUGGAUAUCCUAGCAGAACAGGCUGAGUGGCACCCAUUUCCAUUGCCAAAGGAUGACGAGAAGGUCGAUUUCGCGGAUGGCCUACAUACCCUCGCCGGGAGUGGGGAUCCCAAUAUUAGAGAGGGCAUUGCCCUAUAUGUCUACAUGAUCAAUUCCAGCAUGGAACGGCGCGCAUUCUGCAAUACGGAUGGAGACUUCCUUAUAUGUGCACAGCUCGGAACUCUCGACAUAAAGACAGAAAUGGGCAAGAUUUUCCUACAGCCUGGGGAAAUCUGUGUAAUCCAACGAGGAAUCCGAUUCUGUAUGAAUUUGGCCCCGGAUACCAAAGAAGCGCGAGGCUAUAUCACUGAAGUGUGGGGUUCCAUGUGGGAGCUUCCAGACCUUGGCCCUCUCGGCGGUCACGGCUUGGCCAAUCCCCGCGAUUUCUUGUACCCGGUUGCAGCCAUUGACGAGGAUCUGCACGUUGAUUGGCAGAUCGUGAACAAGAACAACGGCAAGCUCGUCGCCAUUCAGCAAGACCACAGUCCUUUCGAUCUUGUUGCUUGGCAUGGCAAUGUCGUUCCUUACAAGUACGAUCUCACAAAGUUUUCAUCACAGAACAGCACCUCCAUCGACCACACCGAUCCAUCAGUCUUCUGUGUCCUUACGGCAAAAUCUCGUGACCCGGUCACACCCCUUGCAGACUUUCUUUGGUUUGGACCCAGAUGGGACGUUGCCACCAACACUUUCCGACUCCCGUACUUCCACCGCAACGCUGCCUCUGAGUUCCUAGCUUGUCUCUACGGACAGGGCCUUGGCCGAAGCGACGAAUUUCUACCCGGUGGUGGGAGCUUCGAAGGCUGUCACACACCUCAUGGUGGCUUCCAUGAAGGCUAUCAGCAUGGUAUGAGGAUCCAUGAGAGCCAGCCUGAAAAAAUUCUGACGGAUCAGUUGACCGUCAUGAUUGAAUCUAGCCGACUGUUCCUCUGGACCGAAUACGCACGUGUUGGAUGUGGAACGAUAAGCACCCACGGGACCGACUACAAGGUCUGGGAAGCUCUCCCAGAUCGCUUCUCCACGAAUCCCAAGGCCAAAGAACUGCUCGCUCGGGUCAAGGAGGACCAAAUUGCGGAGAAGAAGAGGCUUGCCCCUUACUAUAUCGGUGGCUUCGCACAUGGUGCGAACACCAGCAUGACCGAGGGUGUGCAUUCGAAAGAACUGAAGCCAUAUCUGAACGGAGCACAGGAAACUAACGGGGCUACCAAUGGUGCCAACGGCACCUAG